AUGGCCACGACCCCUCUGACAGCCAUUGACACUCGGGUGAAUGUGUUCCCAAGAGGCUUUCCUAGUCAACCCAAAGACACCUAUCUUGGUUUUAAGGAAACGCAACAUCGUUCCGAACGACCUGUGUCAUCCGCAACUAUAUUUGAUACGGAUUUCGAGGAGGAUGUGAGUGACGGCGAGGAAUUCGAUGACGACCAGAAUGACCCACAGUAUGUGGAAGAGGCCCAAUAUGAGUCGGAUUUUGAAGAAGAUUUGGACUAUCCACGUCUGAGCUACAGAUCAAGCGGUCGAGCGAGUGAAACUACAUUAUCCUCAUACGAAGAAGUAUUCACACCCACCUCGGCUACGAACGAAUUCCAAUCUUUCCAUUUCGACCUAGGUGCAAAGAAACCGGUUGAAGGACCUCGGGGACCUCAUUUGUUCCGCAGCUCUGUUUCUUCAUCGCUGGAUAUUCCGAAUCAAUAUGUUUUGGAAAUGUCACCAAUAACUCCACAGCCAUCAGCACUCCCGCUACAUCCAGCUAGUCCACCCACACCAGUAUCACCAGAUGAUCAUACGAAGCGCCAGAGAUUAUCUUUGUUGACCGAAAAUAUCGCAAAUCUGAACCUGAACGACAUCACUCAAUGGACACCACGUCAGGUCGCGAGAUGGAUGCACGAUGCAGGUUUCGAAUGGUCAAUUGUUGAGAAGUUUGCAGAGAAUGAUAUUUCGGGUGCGAUAUUGACCACUCUCAAAUUCGAAGAUCUUCGAGAAUUAGGCAUCUCAUCAUUUGGACAACGAACAAAAGUUUGGAAUGAAAUCCACAUCCUGCGAGGAAGUGCUCCAAAUACACCUAAGCCGGUUACUCCAAUCGAAGAAACUUCUCCGCUCACGGAAUUCCGCUCGAGGAGAGAUAGGUCGGAGAGAGAUAGACAGGAAAAUUAUUCGACAAGACAGAAGGGCUCGAGAAGAGCUAAGCACGAGACGGUGAUGCCUUUGGAAUCUAUUUCCAUUGUAGGCAUUGAACAACUUAUGCCGAAACCACACAAGUGCUCAAAGGGGGAAAAUUGUGCGAAAUGGAGGAAACAACAACGGUUAAUUGCUGCUUUCAACAAGGAUCAUCCGAUUAGUCCUGAAGAAGGUGGCUCAUUACUUAUUGCUGGAGAUCCAGGUAAUGCUCUUACGGCUCGUCCAAUUUCUGAUGCGGUACCCUCAGUGGUUGCAUCCUCAGAUGUUCUUGGUCCUGGAUCAACUCCUGCUCUUCGUUAUUUAGAAGAGGAGAAUCUUCGAAAUGUCGGAUUACGUGAUCCUCAAGACAACGUCAAGCAAUUCAUUCGAUUCCAACAUCUCGCACCCAAUCAAUCAUCCGAAGAACCACCAACCCCUCCGUAUGAAAUGUUUCCACCACUAAAAGGGCCCAUUGCAGGUCUUCGAGGCUUACCUAAACUUUCUAUUCCUCCGCCUCGUCCUGAUCAACCCAUCAGAUCCCAAAGUGUGAAUAGCUAUGGCCCUUGCAGUGCAACAGCCGUUCCAAACAGUGCAGCUGCAUUUUCACCUUACCACAUGGAACGCGCAGAAGCGCUCUCCCCAGAUCUCCGCAGCGAAAAUCGUUCACCGUUCGUCUACCGGUUCGGUACCCCCUUUUCUGAGAUGGAUGUACCUGUUACCGCCGUACCCAUGAGUCCGGUAGCGAGGGAAGCUUCCCAAUCUGUUCCACCUAAUAUGACAUACCGCCCAACCACCAACACAUCAACCAAUGUUCCAAUGAAUAACUCUCUCCAACGCAGUCUCUCCCGCGUGUCUAACCGUCGUCCGUCCCUCCUUCCUCGCGUCGACGAAUAUCGAGCGACCCAAACCACCCAAUCUUCCCACCCAGCCCAGAUACAAAUUCUUCCCAAUGAACCAGCUCACACUUUCCCCGAAACCACCACCUCCAUCAAAGAUCCCACUCGCCCCCUAGCCCUCGCAACAUCCAUCCGCGCCUACUCCACCACCGAUCCCUGGGCCCAAUUUAGCGCUCCCAAUCCCAAUCUCAAUACCGCUCACACCUCCAUCACACCCUUACCAGCCAAUCCCUCCUCAACCUCCUCAUCCGCCUCUUCCUCUCCCGAAAAAGACACCCCUUCAUACGCCGGCUGGAUGAAGAAACGCCGCACCAAGAUGCUGCGCCACGAAUGGCACGAACACCACUUCACGCUCCGCGGCACCACACUCGCCAUGCACAAAGAUGCGCGCGCUCUCGAUGUGCUCGAACACAUCGAUGUAGACGAUUACGUCAUAGCAUGUUCGUCGCUCGCCUCGUCAUCCAAGUUAAAUGCGGCGUUCAAACGUGUCAAUAUAGCCAUGGGUCGCGGUGGGGAUCGCGAUAAAAAGGUGGAUGUUUUUGCCUUUCAGCUCAUCCCGCAGGCGAUAGAGAAGGGAGUUAAGUUGAGGAAGAGAGAUAGUUUGAUGCCUGGGGGUAUGGGGGGAAUGGGAAGUGCGAAUAUGAAAACGCAUUAUUUUGCGGUGAGGAGUAGAGAUGAGAGGAUCGAUUGGAUGAGGGAGUUGAUGUUGGCGAAGGCGUUGAAGCAGAAGAGUGAGGGGUAUGAGGUUAAUGUUAAUGGGAAUAUGAUCUGA